AUGGACGCAAUCCAAGUUGUACUGCUUUGGCUGAGCGCGUGUGUAAUUCUACUUGGUGUUUGUGGCAAUCUGCUUGUACUUCUUGGCGCCUACAAAGAGAGGUCACUCAGAAAAGUGCCUUACAUGUUCGUUUUGAAUUUGUGCGUUUGUCAUCUUAUCGCGUUACUUGUACCAUACAUGGUGUUUGUGAUGGCUUUAAGCAAAGGAGAGUUUAAACAUAGUUUCGUAGUUUGCAAAUGCCAGGCUUACAUGGCGUAUACGCUAACCAUGGAGAUCAUGGUAACAAUGGUCCUUAUCAGCAUCAAUCGCUAUAUUAGGGUUGUACAACCCGUGAAAUAUCCAUUUAUUUUUACUGAGAGAAGCACUGUGUUCCUAAUUAUAACCUCCUGGUUGGUCUCCGCACUGGGAAACAUCUUCCCAUUAAUCGGGUAUGGGAGAUACGGGUUAAACAACUCCGUGGACUACAUGUGUGCGUUACGAGUAUCUGAAAGCGUUAUUCAGAUAACUGUCGGUGGAGCAUGUAUUAUCAUUGCGGUUAUCAUUAUAAUAACGUGCUACGUUCGAGUUUUCUGCACUAUUAAAGCUCUUAACCGGAGAGUUCGCUCAUUAAACCGAAGAACACUAAACGAUGACCGAAGCAGAUUCGGCGUCGUUCCUCGGGAAUCGAGAGGUGAGGAAAUUCAGAUUGCUAUAACUUUAUUUCUUCUGGUUGUCAUUUUUGGGAUCUGCUGGAGUCCAACUGUAGUUUCAGUUGUUAUCAACGCCAUAACUGGACAGCCAACCUCGCACCUUGCGGGCGUGAUUCGUGUGAACGCGCUUGCUUUAGAGACGGUGGCGGAUCCAGUUGUCUACGCCAUAAGGAAUAAAAUGUUCCGACAAGUAUUAAGGAAGACAUUGACAUGUAAGAAACACUCGUGA